CUUGUGGUUAUGGCGAGGUACGACUACCUUCCUAAAUAUGGACUGGAGAACUACACUUUGGUUUUACCCUUGGAGGACAGUUUCGAUCCUGUAAAGUCCACUGUUUGGAUGCAGGAAAGCUGGUUGCACUCAGUCACGUUCUCAGUCGGCUAUAUAGCGUUGAUUUAUGCAGGGCAAAAGGUCAUGGAAAGUCGAAAGCCUUUUGGUCUAGAGAUGCCGCUAUUCAUGUGGAAUAUGGGGUUAGCGAUAUUUUCCCUUCUUGGAUUUAUUCGCAUGACUCCGGAAUGGUUAUGGAGUUGGAAAGACAACUCGUUUGUGUACUCCGUUUGUACAGCCUCUUAUGCUCAAGGUGUGACUGGAUUUUGGACUGAGCAAUUUGCCAUGAGUAAGGUGGCCGAACUACUAGAUACCGCUUUUAUUGUCCUUCGGAAACGUCCACUUCUUUUCCUUCACUGGUAUCAUCAUGUUACAGUCCUGAUCUUCACAUGGCAUGCUUAUAAGGAUCACACUGCUUCAGGGCGUUGGUUCAUAUGGAUGAACUAUGGUGUUCAUGCUCUUAUGUACACAUACUACGCACUUCGUUCUCUGCGUUUACGUCUCCCUAAGCAAAUUGCCAUGGUUGUUACCGUCCUUCAGAUCUCGCAAAUGAUUAUGGGUAUCUUCAUUGGCAUUGUUGUUUAUAGGAGAAAGUCGUCCGGUGAGUCGUGCCAACAGACAUGGGAGAAUUUGGGGUUGUGUUUCAUGAUCUACUUCUCAUAUUUCCUGCUGUUCUGCAACUUCUUCUAUCAUGCCUACCUGAAGAAGAAUAAUCGCUAUGUUGCACAGAAGAAGGCAGACUCCAAGGUAAUGAUUCUCAACUACACGACACCCUUGAUUUGUUCAUUUUGCACCCCUUAA